AAUAGUCCUCGCACGAACCCCACCACAUUCGGGUCGCGUACAAUCAUGCGUCCCAAGCUGGAGCGCGUCGUUACCGCGACCGCAGUCUCGUCCCCGUGAUAACGCCGACGACAUCGUUUUGCUAUCGGUAACGCCGUCAACGCGAUUAAAAAAACACUGUCACUUUGUUUCGUUUCGUAGUUCGGUCGGUACGGUAAUAACAACAACAAUAUUAUUAUAUCGAAGCGACAUGUCGUCGUCGCUGUCGAUCACGAACGACCGUAACAAUUAUUAUCGUCGUCGCCGCCGCGUGAGUGUAACGACAACCACAGAUGACGAAACGACAAUAUAAUAAUAUAUACUAAAAAACAGAUCGAUCACCAAGUGAAGCGCAAUGGCCUCAUCAGUAGCAAUAUCGUCAAUAAUAUUUUUAACAUGCUUGGCAUGUUAUUACAAUAGUCUUUAUUGCGACUUUGUCUUUGAUGAUAUUAGUGCUAUUAAAGACAACCGUGAUUUAAAACCUCAAACUCCUGUAUGGAACAUAUUUUACAACGAUUUUUGGGGCACGCCAAUGCAUAAGGAACAAAGCCAUAAGUCAUAUCGACCUUUAACAGUUUUAACCUUUAGAUGGAAUUACAUGAUCCAUCAGUUGGAACCUAUGGGAUAUCACCUUGUAAACAUACUACUUCAUGCCAUAACAAGUGUUCUCUAUUAUAGAGUCUGUCAUACUAUAAUGGCGUCCGAAUUCACUAGUUUUAUGGCUGCCAUGCUUUUUGCUAUUCACCCCAUACAUACAGAGGCCGUCACUGGUGUAGUGGGACGAGCAGAAACGCUAUCGUCAGUGUUUUACUUAUCUGCAUAUCUACUCUAUACCGAAGCAACCAAAAGAAAAAAAUACUCCGGAUGGAAGCCUCUAACACUUUCUGUGGUCUGCUUGAGCGUUGCUAUGCUAUGUAAAGAACAAGGGAUCACAAUAGCUGGAGUUUGUGCUCUUUAUGAAGUUUUCGUCGCACAAAAGAUUAGGCCGAAAGACCUGCUGAACUGGUUCAGACUAUCCGUGGCCGUAAACAGCCAGUCAGCGACCAGCGGUGGGAGCUCCGGUGGUGGAAGUGGUUCGCCAAAAACCGGCACCGGAAACGCGGCUUCCGCCCCGUUAGGCUUGCUACAGGCCAUCCCAUCGGACGCGGUCAAACGGCUGGCGUUCUUGUUUUUGUCCACAUGUGCACUACUGGCGUUCAGGCUAAAAAUCAUGGGUUCCAAACUGCCCGUAUUUACUAGAUUUGACAAUCCAGCCAGUGUAUCGGAUUGGCCUGCAAGACAACUAACCUAUAACUAUCUGGUAAGUGUCAAUGCUUGGUUACUGGUGUUCCCAUGCGACCUGUGCUGCGACUGGACCAUGGGCACUAUACCACUAGUUGAAUCUACUUCGGAUCCCAGAAACCUGGCAACUUUGGCCACAUACACCGUGAUCAUUGCGCUCGUGUACACGGCGUUCACUACGUCAAAUCGAACCAAACGCAUUGUUGUUAUUAUGAGUUUAGGAUUGACCGUUUUGCCAUUCCUCCCCGCUUCGAACAUGUUCUUUCCUGUAGGAUUCGUGGUAGCAGAACGUGUUUUGUACAUGCCAUCAAUGGGAUUUUGUAUGCUUGUUGCUUAUGGUUUGGGACUCAUCAUCGAUAAAUGCAAAUCCCGAUUGGUUUUGAUAGCGGUCGCUGUUAUUAUGGUCAUCCACGUAAUGAAAACCUACACAAGAAACUGGGACUGGUCGUCGGAGUACGCGAUAUUUACAUCUGGGUUGAAAGUGAAUAAGUUAAAUGCCAAACUGUACAACAACGUUGGACACGCCUUGGAGGCCGAAAACCGAUUCCAAGAAGCUCUUGCGUACUUUCACAAAGCCGUCAGUGUACAACACGAUGACAUUGGCGCUCACAUAAAUGUCGGCCGUACGUACAACCAUCUAAAAAUGUACAAGGAAGCCGAAAACGCUUACUUAGAGGCAAAAUCAUUGCUCCCUAAAGCCAAACCGGGUGAGUCGUACCAAGCCCGUAUAGCUCCUAACCAUCUAAACGUCCUUCUGAACUUAGCAAAUCUAAUUGCUAAAAACCAGACUCGUCUGGAAGAAGCGGACAUGCUUUAUCGGCAAGCUAUCAGCAUGCGGUCUGAUUAUACACAAGCGUAUAUAAACCGCGGCGACGUUUUGCUCAAGCUUAACCGAACAAAAGAAGCGCAAGAAGUGUACGAACGAGCUUUAUUCUAUGAUACCGACAACCCAGAUAUUUACUACAAUCUGGGCGUCGUGUUAUUGGAACAGGGUAAACAUUCACAGGCAUUGGCUUAUUUAGAUAAAGCUCUUGAAUUUGAUCCAGACCACGAACAGGCAUUGCUCAACUCAGCUAUACUACUCCAAGAAUUGGGGCAAGCAAACUUAAGAAAACUUGCUGAGAAGAGACUUCUCAGGCUCCUGUCAAAUGGUCAAAAGAACGAACGCGUGUUUUUCAAUCUAGGCAUGCUAGCUAUGGACGAAGGGGACGUACCAGCGGCGGAACAUUGGUUCCGUCAGGCGAUCCUCAUUAAAGAGGAUUUCAGGGCCGCUCUUUUCAACUUGGCUUUAUUGUUAGCCGAUGAUCAUAGGCCACUGCAAGCAGCUCCAUUCCUCAACCAGCUGGUCAGAUUCCAUCCAGACCAUGUCAAGGCCCUGAUAUUGCUAGGUGACAUAUACAUUAACAACAUCAAAGAUCUAGACGCAGCUGAAAACUGUUAUCAGAGGAUACUGCAACUGGAUCCAGACAAUACGCAAGGAAUGCACAAUCUGUGUGUGGUGUACGUUGAACGUGGCCUACUGAAAGAGGCAGAAACUUGCUUACAAAAGGCCCAUCUAAUGGCACCACAUGAAGACUACAUUGUCAAACAUUUGAAAAUUGUGCAAAACCGCUUGCAUGCAAAACAGACUCCUAAUCAGCUCAAUGAGGGUCGCCCAGAUUCCAAGGAAAUCCGAAAAACUGAAAAAGACACAACUCGUCCUGACACCAAUUUGAAGUCGGAUACGAAACCGUCUACAUUAUCGUUGUCAUGAAUGAUAAAAAUAAUUAUUUGAAAAAAUUAUAUAUUUUUUUUAAAGUUACAUACCUAGUCAUAACUCACCGUUUUCGUGUUAGUACUUAACUGGAUAUUUUUACAACCUAAUAAUGUUUCUAAGACAACAAAGUGACAUAAUUGCACAUUUUAAGUCACAGAUUUAACAACCAUAUAGACAUUUGUCCCAUACUUAAUCUAGUAAUCUCAUUUGGUGCUACUACUCAAUGUCAGUACUUCAUCUAUAAAAUAUGCUUCUAUACAUUUAAACUAAGAGAAAAAGUUACUUAGUAAAUCGUAAAAUAUAUUUUUCUCUUGAAUUUUUAUUUUGAAUCGUUCUGAACGAAAAUAAUUUGUAAAAAAAAAAAAUUGUGCUGUGAUGUAUUUAGUAGGUCAUAGUAUGAUUAUAAUUUAUAAUAUUAUAAAAUUAAGACCGUAUUAAUUCAUUUAACUUUUAUAUUAUUUUAAUAACAAUGCCAAAUAUUGAUGUUCAUGUUUGGUCAUCAUUAUUAUUAAUUAUCUUUUGGUUUUGGUUGUAAAACAAUAUUUUAAAAUAUUAUUUCUACUCGGUUUGUAUAUUACUUUAAUUAAGAACCUACUUAAAAAACAACAUCUAUUUGUUUGAAAUAAUAAUAACUACUUAAUUACAUUAAAACUUCAUUAAAUCAUAAGCGUAAGUCUUUUUACACAUUUAUUUCAGUCCAAAAAGCAGUUAUUUGUUUAAAAUAUACUUAUGUAUUAGAGUAUUUUUAUACAUCUUGCUUUAUUUUCCUUUUCCGCAUGAAUAUAAUAAAAUGACAUUAUGUUAAUCAAUAGAAAAGAAAUUUAAAUAACAGUUAUUUAAUACAAUUAAUUUAAAAAAUUUAAUCUCAAAAAUCAGUAUUAUAUUUUCGUGUAAUUAUAAGUUAAUAAUAAUAAGUAUUUGAUAAAAUUGUCAUAAUUUUUCAUAUGUUUUUUUUUUGUAUUUGCGGACAAUCAAUGUGAUUUUUUUUAUAAUUAUUAUUGUUAUAAUUUUUGACAAUUUUAAGCAUUCUUACUUUGUACCUGGACCCACAAGUUCUUUUAAACAAAUUAAAUGAAAACAUGUUCUUCUGACCAUGGACAAUUUUAACUUCUAAAAGUAAUAUUUUAUACGAAACAUAAUUUGUUCUUUUUUUCAAAUACUUAUAUGUAAAAACAACUGUGUAUGGUCUAAAAAAUGCUAGCUGUUAAUGUAUUUUAUAAUAUUAUAUGUGUAAAAUAAUUAUAGAUGUUUACCAGAGGUAAUAUUGAAGAUAAAUAUUGCUUUUUGAUGUGAUUUUUUAUUUUAUGUUUUAUAAGAAAAAUAAAAAUUUUUAAAUGUUUUAAACAA